GAAUAUGACACAUUUGACGACUCCGAGGUCGGGUCGCCUGAUACGGAAUCUCAAAUUUUAAAUAUUUUAAAGGAUUUGUUAGUCUCUUCCAGGACGACCAUCAAAGAGCAAAGCGACAAAAUGUGGGACUCUGUUUUCUGGAAUGACGACAAUUACCGGCCGGACAAGACGACGAAAACUUUAAAUGAAAUCAUUAAAAAACUGGACAAGGAAACCCAAAAGAAAUUGGCGAAUAUGUUUCAAAAAUCGGAGAAACAAGCGGAAAUAAGAGAAAAAUUAACUUCGAGUAAUAAAGGCGCGGAGAAAAGACGAGAGGAACAAACUCGUCGCGAAAAUCAAUCGAAAGAUGCAAAUGAAAAGGAAAUGAGAAGAUCACAAGCAACUCAUCAAGAACAAUUUAGUCGCAAUCAAACUCGCGAUGACAAAUCGACAACCAGCAGAGAUGACACUGAUAUCACCGUCGAUGGCGUCGGCUCUGAUGACGGCGUUAAAAUUGCGACCAAUAAUAGUCACACGCACAAUACCGAUCAGCAAAAUGAGAGGAAGGAAAAUGCAAAGAAAAAUUCAGAUGAAUAUGACAGGAAAAUGGACAACAAAGAAAGAAUCCAACACAAUUACGACUCAAACAGUUGGGCUAACGCGGACAGAAUCAGUUCAACAAUUUCAGGGAAAUUGUCAAACGAUUCCGAUAGUUCCCGGCGAGUCGAAAUUGUAAAGGAAGACGUGGAAAAAUUAUUACAAGAAAGUAGAAAUCACGUCCAAUGGGACGGAGAAAAAUUCGUGCCCAAACCGAUGCAACUGAGCAGAAUCAAUUUAUCAAAAUUUCGUGAUACUCAAUCGUUUCAGGAUCGCAACGUUCGUGUCCGUUACACAACCGCUGAACUAUCGGCGCCAAUCAAAUUUGUAGAACACGCAGAACUGACUGUCACCGACGAAUGGAACAAUUUAAAGGAGGAACUUAAAGCCACUACUGAACUCUUAACUACAACUGUGAACGACUUGGUGAAGACGAAUACCGAACUGAGAAAUGCGAAGAACGAUUUAACUAAUGAAUUAAAAGGGACUAAAAAGGAGUUGGAGAAAACAAAGGCCAACGUCAAUAAUUUAUCUGCCCAAUUAAAUGAGACUAAAAAGGAGUUGGUGAAAACGAGGGCUGAUGUAACCAAAAACCUCGAUGGUUUAUCUUCAAAAUUAAAGGCGACCGAGAAAGAAUUGGCAGAGACAAAAAUAACGGCCGGGAAUAUUUCAACUGAGCUCAAAAUGAAUUCAAACCAAUUACGUCAAGAUCUAAAAGUCACUGAAGAAAAACUUAAAAGAGAUCUGAGAGCAACCUCAAAUGAUUUGGAAACUGCAAAAACAAAUUUGGCCUCAACGAGAACGGAAUUGAACAGCACCAAGUCAGCCGUUUCGGAUUUGACAACCAAAUUAAAUGCCCGAACGAGUGAAAUAGUUGACAUUGGUCAAAUGCCAACCUCGUGUGCGGAUCUGCAGCGAAUGGGAUAUAAACUGAGCGGAUUCUUUUCCGUAAAAGGAACGAAAAAGAUAGAAAUGAUUUAUUGUGACUUUUAUCCUAAUCAAAAUGACAAACAGAAAUGGAUCGGAUACGCCGACGUCAAAUCGACGCCCGUCCAUUUCUACGUCCAGAGAAAUUCUUCAUUUAACACAACGAAAACUCCAAUUCCGUUCGAGUUGGCGUUGGCGAACGAGGGAAAUGCCAUGGAUUUGACGUCGGGGAAAUUCACGGCACUGCGACCGGGAAUUUAUUUUUUCUCUUUCGCGGGAGUGGCGCGUCUUAAAUCUUCAUCUUCUUAUGUUGAUUUUUAUUCUUAUCUUUAUUUGAAUGGGAAUCUAAUCGGGUCGAGUAAUGUUUACGAGGAUAACGUCCCCGUCAAUCAAUAUAGUCCAAUGUCUUUGCAUUCGACGCUCAACUUGAAAACAGGCGAUCAAGUCUGGGUGGCGUUUUCUUAUUCUGGUGGUUCAUCCUCGUAUUUGUAUGACAACAGUGCCCACUACACCCAUUUCACGGGUUUCAUGUUGGAGGAGGAAAUUGUGGCGUCCCUUUGAGGUUUCGGGUUCAACAUCCAAAAUUCGCAAAAUGAACGUCGACACGAAAAUUUGGGGAAGGGAAUUUUAAGGGGAAAGGGUAAUAAACUCAUUCGACUCUAAUUCAUUAAGGGAUAAGAAUUUCUUUACCAAAAUUGAACUGUGGAUGUAAUUACUUUGACUGAAUACACAAGCAAAGUUUGAAUUUUCUA